AUGAGGCGGCUGCGGCGCUGGGCGUUCGCGGCGCUGCUGCUGCUGCUGCCGCUGCCCCCGCCCGGUCUUGGGACCCGCGGUCCCUUCGGGGCUCUGCGCUGGCGGGUCUCACCCCAUUUGGGGCGUCCGGGAGCCCCUGAGGUCACAGAGCCCAGCCGUCUGGUGGGGGAGAGCACCGGGGGAGAGGUCCGAAAGCAGCAGUUGGACACCAGAGUCCGCCAGGAGCCACCAGGGGGCCCGCCUGUCCACCUGGCCCAAGUGAGUUUCGUCAUCCCAGCCUUCAACUCAAACUUUACUCUGGAUCUGGAGCUGAACCAUCACCUCCUCUCCUCGCAAUAUGUGGAGCGCCAUUUUAGCCGGGAGGGGACAACCCAGCACAGCAGCGGGGCCGGGGACCACUGCUACUACCAGGGGAAGCUCCGGGGGAACCCCCACUCCUUUGCUGCCCUCUCUACCUGCCAGGGGCUGCAUGGGGUUUUCUCCGAUGGCAACUUCACCUACAUCGUGGAGCCCCGUGAGAUGGCCAGGCCGCAGGAGCCUCCCCAGGGACCCCUCCCCCACCUCAUUUACCGGACCCCUCUCCUCCCAGCCCCCCUCGGAUGCAGGGAACCAGGCUGCCUAUUUGCUGCCCCUGCUCAUACUGCUCCCGUGAACCGGCCGAGGCUGAGAAGGAAAAGGCAGGUCCGCCGGGGCCACCCUACCGUGCACAGUGAGACCAAGUAUGUGGAGCUGAUCGUGGUCAACGACCACCAGCUGUUUGAGCAGAUGCGCCAGUCGGUGGUCCUCACCAGCAACUUUGCCAAGUCGGUUGUGAACCUGGCAGAUGUGAUGUACAAGGAGCAGCUCAAUACCCGCAUCGUGUUGGUUGCCAUGGAAACAUGGGCAGAUGGGGACAAGAUCCAGGUGCAGGAUGACCUCCUGGAGACCCUAGCCCGGCUCAUGGUCUAUCGGCGGGAGGGCCUGCCUGAGCCCAGUGAUGCCACCCAUCUCUUCUCGGGCAGGACCUUCCAGAGCAGCAGUAGUGGGGCUGCCUAUGUGGGGGGCAUCUGCUCCCUGUCCGAGGGUGGUGGCGUAAAUGAGUAUGAUAACAUGGGCGCCAUGGCAGUGACCCUGGCCCAGACGCUGGGGCAAAACCUGGGCAUGAUGUGGAAUAAACACCGGAGCUCAGCAGGGGACUGCAAAUGUCCGGACAACUGGCUGGGCUGCAUCAUGGAAGACACCGGGUUCUACCUGCCCCGCAAGUUCUCGCGCUGCAGCAUCGACGAGUACAACCAGUUUCUGCAGGAGGGCGGCGGGAGCUGCCUCUUCAACAAGCCCCUCAAGCUCCUGGACCCGCCAGAGUGCGGGAACGGCUUCGUGGAGGCGGGGGAAGAGUGCGACUGUGGGUCGGUGCAGGAGUGCAGCCGUGCGGGUGGGAACUGCUGCAAGAAGUGCACCCUGACUCACGACGCCAUGUGCAGCGACGGGCUCUGCUGUCGCCGCUGCAAGUACGAGCCGCGGGGCGUGUCCUGUCGAGAGGCCGUGAACGAGUGUGACAUCGCGGAGACCUGCACGGGGGACUCGAGCCAGUGCCCCCCUAACCUGCACAAGCUGGAUGGUUACUACUGUGAUCACGAACAGGGCCGCUGCUACGGAGGUCGCUGCAAAACCCGGGACCGGCAGUGCCAAGCCCUUUGGGGCCAUGCCGCUGCUGAUCGCUUCUGCUAUGAGAAGCUGAACGUGGAGGGGACGGAGCGUGGGAACUGUGGGCGCAAGGGGUCAGGCUGGGUCCAGUGCAAUAAACAGGAUGUGCUCUGUGGCUUCCUCCUCUGCGUCAACAUCUCCGGAGCUCCUCGGCUGGGGGACCUAGGGGGAGACAUCAGCAGUGUUACCUUCUACCACCAGGGCAAGGAGCUGGACUGCAGGGGUGGCCAUGUACAGCUGGCCGAUGGCUCCGACCUGAGUUACGUGGAGGAUGGCACUGCCUGCGGGCCCAACAUGUUGUGCCUGGACCAUCGGUGCCUGCCAGCCUCUGCCUUCAACUUCAGCACCUGCCCAGGCAGCGGGGAGCGCCGGAUCUGCUCCCACCACGGGGUCUGCAGCAAUGAAGGGAAGUGCAUCUGUCAGCCAGACUGGACGGGCAAAGACUGCAGCAUUCACAACCCCCUGCCCACGUCUCCACCCACGGGGGAGACAGAGAGAUAUAAGGGUCCCAGCGGCACCAACAUCAUCAUCGGCUCCAUCGCGGGGGCUGUCCUGGUCGCAGCCAUCGUCCUGGGCGGCACAGGCUGGGGAUUUAAAAACAUCCGCCGCGGAAGGUACGACCCGACCCAGCAGGGGGCAGUGUGACGCCGGCCACGUCAUCCCUCCCGCUGUCCCUGUCUCCUCCAUCUCAUUCGUCACCUCACAUUCUGUUGAUGGGGAGCUGGGGGCUGAUUCCUCCACCCCUGCUGUCACUGCUGUCACUACAGGGGUGGGAGAGCCCCACUCCGGGAAG